GCCAGUACAGCAGCAGCAGCCACCGCAGCCGCCGCCGCAGGCGCAGCAUCGCCGCCGCCGCCGCCGCUACCGCUGGGGCUGCGCAGCCUUGGCCACUGCCAUCUUCGCCACUCCACGGAGCCCUCAACCAGAGCGACCGCCAGCCCUCUGAUCGCUCUCCACCUCCUUCCUUUCCCCUGCCCGCUCGCCCCCAAUGUCUGACUCUGACUCUCGGACAGAGAAGCGUAAGAAAAAAAGACCAAAUGGCAAAGCAACCGUCAGAUCUAAAUUCUGAGUGUGACCGUGAAGGUGGACAAUUGCAGCCUACAGAAAGGCCUACUCAACCUCAACUCAGACCAGGGGCCCCUACCUCUAUACAAACACAAUAUCAAGGUAAUUCAGGUGAAGGGGACAGCUGCUCACCUAGCAGCCCUCAGGGACCGUUUGCACCACCCACUAGCCCUAGCCCGUUUGCUACCAGAUCCCCACUUUUCAUCUUUGUAAGAAGAUCCCCACUGCUGCCUCGAUCUUCUAGUGGGUAUUUCUCUUUUGACACAGACAGGAGUCCAGCGCCUAUGAGUUGUGAUAAAUCUACACAAACUCCAAGCCCUCCUUGUCAAGCCUUCAAUCAUUAUCUAAGUGCAAUGGGUAAGCAAGAUCAUGCUUCCAUGAGGCAGUCUCAGUCAAUACCUGCAGAUAUGCGACCAGAAAUUUGGAUUGCACAAGAAUUGCGACGUAUUGGAGAUGAAUUUAAUGCUUCUUAUCCAAGAAGGGCAGUGUGGCAUGGUUUCAAGAGCUUUGGGAUUGGAGUUGAAGUCAGCUUUGAGCCCCAGCUCUGCUACUUUUGCCAGCUGUAUAAUCUCAGGGUUUUUUGGAUAAUAACUAUCAAGCAGCAGAUGAUCAUCACCAAAUGGUUAUUUUACGGCUAUUACAUUACAUCAUCCGCCUUGUUUGGAGAAUGCAGUGACAAUUCUUUAAGAAGUGAAAGAGUGCACAGAAAUUUUUACUUGUUACAUACAAGUCAUCAAGUAAAAGUACCACUUGCAUCUUCGUAUCAUUACUAUGCAAUCAACAGGUUCUUUCCUUAAAGGACAGAAGGGCAAUAGAUUCCACAUUUUUGAAGACACCUGUACAUGAACUUGAAAGUGGAUUUUGUUCAUCAUAUGGUGAAAUUUUGUAAAAGGGAGUUCAUUGUGAAUGUAGAUGAUGGAUUUUUUUUAAUGUAUCAAUCACCAUUCUUUGAAGCAUUUUAUGCAAGAGUGGUGUUUACAUUGGUAUGUUUUUCAACUUCUUUAAUAAGAAGGAACACGUUUUCAAAAAGGAAAUGGAAACUUUUUGACAAACUCAUGAAUGAUUUUUGUACUAAAAUUUAAGAACCUAUUGCUUAAGUCUCAAAAGAGGAUGAUGUAUAUAUCCUGCAGUGGAAACUGAGCCAGCUAAUUUGUAAGCUGCCUUAGUUUAUUUUGGGGGGGUUAUUGUACAGUUUUUUUCCUUCUCUUUUUUCUUUUUAGCAGGGAGAAAUGUCUCCCCUUUUGUUCUAGCCUCUUUUUUCUGUACUAUCUUUAUACCAAAAUCAGCAUAAUAAAAUGGAGCUGGUUAAAAAGGAGUAGGUUGUCAGCCUACACCAACAUGUUUCUCCCCUUUGUAAAUAUUUAACUCCCUCUUAAAAUUUACUUGUAUCUGUGGCAGACUUGACUAUCAAGGGGCCAGACUUAAGGCUACCUUUAAGCACUCCCUAUCUUCUUUUGGAGAGCUUCCAGUUUUUGUAGCCAGUUUAGAUUCUUAGAGCUACAAAUAGAUUCCAAGUAAAUUAACAUGGUUUAAAAAUAAAAUCCAAUAGAAUUAAAAUAAAUUUGGUCUUGACAUAGUGGUCUUGACAAUAGUAAUGACUAUCACUUUUUUUUUUUUUUUUUUUUUUUUUUUUUAAUAAUGAUCACCAGUCUGGGCAGUAUUUGUUUUAACUUAUUUAAUGGAUGUUUCUUUGGAAAGUCUGAGGAGGCUGUAGCAAUAAAAGAAACAGAAUAGUGAGUUGGUUGGGACUUUUGGCUACUGGUUACUGUUUAUAGAUUGUUAAUGCAGGGAUGAAAUGCUGUAGUUGUAGAAUACAAAGAGCCAAAAGUUUUCGGUCACCUUCAGAAAGACUUGAUUGAUUGCAUGACCAAAGCUUGAGUCCAGAUUGCCCAAUGAUUUAACUAAAUAGGAAAUGCCUUGCCAGCUGAGGUGGGAUUGGGGGAAACUCCUUCAGUUGACAUUUUUAAAGACUCAUCAAUGAGAUUUUCUUUAGACUCCCACUAACCUAUGAUGCCUGAAAUUCCCAAAAUCAAAAUUCCUUCGGAAGUACAGGUUUAAUUCUGGUUUCACCAGUACCCUAGAAAAAUUCAAUUGGGCAUAAUUAUGAAAUAUUCCAACAUAUUUAAUAUUUCAAGCCAUCUCUAAGCCUCUGAGUGCCAUUUUCUUUAUUACGUUUUAAUUUGAGAGGUAAAUUUUUAAAUGAAUUCUAUGCACUGGUCAUCAGUGCCUCAUCCCUGGCAGGUGUAGCUCUUCCCUUAGAUAUGAUCCUACUCCUGAUUAUUGUAACUUUUACAUCUUGAAGUUGCCACUAAAGUCAGGACUAAGAAUUUAAAAAGGUUUCUGUUUAUUUUUAUUUUUAUUUUUCAAAGAAAAACAGUCCAUGGAGUUUGCAUUUUAUCCACGAAUGGGAGAGGGAGGUCAUAUGGUUUGGGGGAUUGUUUCAUGAACCCCACUUUUUCAUGGUGAAAAGUUAGCCUUGUGAGCAAUUUUUUGUUUCAUAGUAACUUUUGGAUUGUCAGCAGUGCCAACUUUUGCCCCUUAGAGGAUCCAGUGUUCCUGUAAUUCUGCUUGACAAUUGAUGAAAAUUAUGUUGAAUAUGUGGUUUCAUAAUUACAUAUAAUUUUGGGGGGGGGUAUAUCCAUCUUUCCCAUAUAUUCAGAGGAAUUUUUUUUCUCUACACUGAAGGAUUUUUCUUUCCCUCUUAGUGAUUUGGAAUUAGGUUCAUAGGAAUUAUGUUGGAUCUUAGCUAUGGUUUCUUGAAUUAGUCUUGAAACCUUAUAUAGUAAGGUCACAUUGUCCACUGGUUGUGAGAAUGAACAAAGACUGUAACAGAAAGUAUUAAAAUUUGUGUACCUUGCUGGACACACCAAAGAUGUUUGGUUCCACCUGAAUCCCCCACUUGGAUAUCUAUGAUCAUAUUCUAAUUUCUACAGCUGGAGCACUUUACUUCUGUUUCUUUUAAGUAUCCAUCUCCCCCGGGAGCUGGAAGCAAUGCAACUGAUAAAAAGGACAUUUUUGUAAGGCUCUGCUGGCCCAGUGCCACAGUGGGGAUUAUUGUCCUUUUUUGUAUAUUUACCUCAAGCAUGGUAGAGCAACAGGUUUGCCACCAUUGCUUCAGGCUGAUGAUAUAUAGAUAAGCCUAGUAGAAAUUCUAUGAAUUAUGGAAGCAGUAGAGAAUAGGAUGUUGGCACCAUGAGUUUGAGAGAGAAAUACAUUUCUCUGUACUGUAUCUCUUAGAGAUCACGAUGCCUGCAGCAGGAGUAUACUUUGGUAUACUUUUUUUUUUUUUUUUUUUAAAGACAGCUAGUUCCACUUUUUGAAAACUUAAUGCGGGUUUUGUGCCUUGACAACCUCUACCCACGUUGGGUUUGUAGUAAGUCUCCCAUGGCAUAACACUGAAAUGCAAUAAGCAAAUACAAAAUAGUUAAUUCCAUGAGUAACUCUUCAGAUGACAUAUCCUUUCUAUCCUGCCAAAACUUUAUGAAGAAUUUUCUUUGGUUGUGGAGAAACCAGUUUAAAUUUCUUCUGAUAUAAAAAUUUGUAUAAAAAUUUUCCCUCAUUCCCUCCCUUAAAUCUCUCUUCUAUUUUACUGUAAAUAUUUGGAUAUUUAUUAGAGUAGAACAUCUUUACUUAACUCUUAUCAACUGAGCCAAAUGUCUGUGUGCAAUUGUGUGUGGUUCUUUUGUCUUUUCUGUAAGAUUUUGUAAAUAAGUAAAAAUCACUGUUUUCUAAACUUUUUUUAGAUUUUGACAUUUGUAAAUAUGUAGAUUCUUUUCUGUGUAAUGUGUUCUACUGUUUCAUAAUGCUGUAACUUGUAGAAAUAUUGUAUAUUUAUUUUCUGCUUAUUUAAUUUCUUAUGUUCUGUAAAGUUAUGCAUUCCCUUUCCCUUCCCCAGAUUAUCUGCUUUAACACAGAAGGAGUGAUUGAUCAGUUUAACGCACUGUCUCUUUCAGUGCUGUCUGUAUGGUUUUUCUACUGUGGUCCUUUAGAUUUCAUUCUUAUUCAUUUUACUUUUUUAAAACUUUUAUACUUUGCCAUUGUGGUUUUUAAAAGCGAAGGGAGCUGAUAAUAGCCAAAUGCUGGAAAUGACUCAAAGCAUUAACCAAGUUGAGUUGUUCCAGUUGUAAACCAUAGCAGAUUGUUUGCCCUAAGCCCCAUCUUUAGGUAGAAAAUAACAUUUAGCUUGGGAAAAGUUUACUGCCAUUGACUAAUCAAAGUUGAGAAAACAAAAAGGUGAUCAGAUUGUAAAGGUUGCCAAAGUCUGGGAUUCGAGGGAUAAGUGAACAGGAGAUCACUUACGUUGUUUGAUUCCCCUGGUUUUUUCUCCUUUAUUUGUUAGGAAGGAAAUAAGAUGAGGACCCUAUGUUUUUGUUUUUGUUUUUGCCUUGUUCCCCCAGCCAUUUACUUGGGAGCAAGCUGAUGGGGGUAUAAGUUUACUUAUUUUAAUAUCAGUGUGUUAUUUACUUUGCAAUUGAAAUAUGGUUUAUCCUUCCUACUCUUCUUCCCUCAAUGGAAUAGUAAUCCAUAACAUUCUGAUAGUCCUAUUAAUUUGACCUCAGUUUAGUUUGUAUUUCAUUCGAGAUUAUUUUGAGUCCAGAUGAGAGAAAUCUUUAAUUGGCUAUUAGGAUGUGCUAAGUUGUGAAUGUUUUUAAGAAAAUUUAUUUGCUGAUAGGCUCCAUAUAUAACAAGUGAAAAGCCCUGUCAUUGCAGUUUAGUCUGGUGCCUACAUGUGUAUCUAUUACUCUGCACUCAUACAUACAGUAGAUGUAUGGGAGCUUUGGUGCAUGCACACAGGUAAAUCAACUGUGUAAUUUGACAUUUACACAUACAUUUCCUUAUACAACAAGAAGCACCCUCAAGUUCUCAUGUAAAUAACUUGACUACUUAUUUUUUGGGGCUUUCAGAGAAUCUAAAUAUUUUGUACCCUGGUUUAAAGACCACUAAUACUGUAUAAAAACUCAUCAGGUACCAAUAUGUACAUAGCACUGAUCUGUAACUUAGACUGAUUAAUCACUUACUUUGUUUCAUAGGACCCAGCAUAUGUAGCAUUUUUAUUGCAAUUUCCCUGGCUUACUUGUGUUUUGCACUGAUGAAUUUUUGACAGGGUAAUUGUCACUUUACUUGUGCAAUACUGCUGUAAAUAAUUGCAGAUUUUUUAAGGAAAACUCAAUCUUUUAUGUUCUUUAAUAAUGAAUUUUAUAUAAAUAAAACCUUCAACUAGUUUUCCUGUGUGGUAUACUUUUACUGGCUUAAUUUAAUCAAAGGGUGUGUGGGUAGCAACUACAUUGCAAUUGUGUUUGGUUAUACAUAAAGCUGGGUCCCAAUUAGAACAAAGAAUACUCGGAUGUGGUCGUAUAUAUUCAAAUCUACCAUUUGAAAGGAUUAUUAGUGCCAGCCCAAUAGAAGUGUACGUUGUGAUUUUUGCAUAUCACAUAUUGCAGAUGAGGAAAUUCAACCACUGAAGGACCAAUCCUCUGAGAGAACUUCAGAUCCUCUCAGAGAUCCAGUAACAAUCAAAACCAGAAUUGAUUUCCCGGAUGUCCUGGCAUUCCCCCAUACAUGCUGCCUUUGAGGGGGGUUGUACCUUCUGUACAGUUUUGUGCUUGGAAACAAGGAUAGAGCCAACAAACUGCUUCAUCAUCAUUUUAAUCAGUAUGCCAAAUAUUUUGUAAUAUAAUGUACACUACACAUGUACCAGA